GCAGCCGCCUGCACCACGCCCUGCCUCCGCUUUCAGGAGCCUCCAGCUGGAUCAAGCAGCCUCCUCCCUUUAGCAUGACCUCGCCCUCUAGCCCUCCAGUUUUCAGACUGGAGACAUCAGAUGGAGACCGAGAAGAUGGUGCUGAGGUGGACAAAGGAAAGCCAGGCUUUGGGAGUGGGCCACCCCCCAUGGAGUCACCAUUCCAAGGCGAGGAUCGGAACUUCCCACAUCAGAUCAAAGUGAACCUUAACUACCGAAAGAAAGCAGGUGCUAGCCAGCCGGACCCAAACCGCUUUGACCGUGACCGGCUCUUCAGCGUGGUCUCCAGGGGUGUCGCGGAGGAUCUGGCUGGACUACGAGAAUACCUGCGCCGGACCAGCAAGUACCUCACCGACUCAGAGUACACAGAGGGCUCCACAGGGAAGACGUGCCUAAUGAAGGCUGUGCUGAAUCUUCAGGACGGCGUCAACGCCUGCAUCCUGCCACUGCUGCAGAUUGACCGGGACUCAGGCAAUCCACGGCCCUUGGUCAACGCCCAGUGUACAGAUGAGUACUAUCAAGGCCACAGUGCCUUGCACAUUGCCAUAGAAAAGAGGAGCCUACAGUGUGUGAAGCUCCUGGUGGAGAAUGGAGCUGAUGUGCAUGCUCGGGCCUGUGGCCAGUUCUUCCAGAAGGGCCAAGGGACUUGCUUCUAUUUUGGUGAACUGCCACUCUCUCUGGCUGCAUGCACCAAGCAGUGGGACGUGGUGAGCUACCUCCUGGAUAACGAACACCAGCGUGCCAGCCUGCAAGCCACCGACUCCCUGGGCAACACGGUCCUGCAUGCUCUGGUGAUGAUCGCAGACAACUCUAAGGAGAACAGUGAUCUGGUGACCCACAUGUACGACAAGCUCCUCAAAGCUGCAGCUGACACUGAUCAUACUGUGCAGCUUGAGGACAUCCGCAACCUGCAGGGCCUUACACCCCUGAAGUUGGCUGCCAAAGAGGGCAAAAUUGAGAUUUUCAGGCACAUCCUGCAGCGGGAGUUCCCAGGACCAUACCAGGCUCUUUCCCGAAAGUUCACCGAGUGGUGCUAUGGGCCUGUCCGGGUGUCCCUGUACGACCUGGCCUCUGUGGACAGCUGGGAGGAGAACUCAGUGCUAGAGAUCAUCGCCUUUCACUGCAGGAGCCCGCACCGGCACCGAAUGGUGGUUCUGGAGCCCCUGAAUAAGCUGCUGCAGGAGAAAUGGGAUCUGCUCAUCCCCAGGUUCUUCUUCAACUUCCUGUGUUAUCUGACCUACAUGCUUGUCUUCACCGCUGUCGCCUACCACCAGCCUUGUCUUCAACAGGCCCUCCUCCCCCUGAAGGCCACAGCGGGAAACUCCAUGCUGCUGCUGGGCCACAUCCUGAUCCUGCUGGGAGGGAUCUGCCUCCUCCUGGGCCAGCUGUGGUACUUUUGGCGGCGCCGGCUGUUCAUCUGGAUCUCCUUCAUGGACAGCUACUUUGAAAUCCUCUUCCUGGUCCAGGCCCUGCUCACAGUGCUAUCCCAGGUGCUGUGUUUCCUGGCCAUCUCGUGGUACCUGCCCCUGCUUGUGUCCUCUCUGGUGCUGGGCUGGCUGAACCUGCUUUACUACACCCGUGGCUUCCAACACACAGGCAUGUACAGCGUCAUGAUCCAGAAGGUCAUCCUGCGGGAUCUGCUCCGCUUCCUUCUGGUCUACCUGGUCUUCCUUUUUGGCUUCGCUGUAGCCCUAGUGAGCCUGAGCCGGGAAGCCCUGGACCCCAGGCCCACCGUAGGCCCCAGGCCCACCGUAGGCCCCAAUACCACGGAGGCGGCAGGGCAGCCUGGGGCGGGACAGGAGGAUGAGGAGGGCGUUGAGGUCCCGUACCGGGGCAUCCUGGACGCCUCCUUGGAGCUUUUCAAAUUCACCAUCGGCAUGGGCGAGCUGGCCUUCCAGGAGCAGCUGCGCUUCCGCGGGGUGGUGCUGCUGCUGCUGCUGGCCUAUGUGCUGCUCACCUACGUCCUGCUGCUGAACAUGCUCAUUGCCCUCAUGAGCGAGACCGUCAACAGGGUCACCAAUGACAGCUGGAGUAUCUGGAAGCUGCAGAAAGCCAUCUCUGUCCUGGAGAUGGAGAAUGGCUACUGGUGGUGCAGAAGGAGGAAGCAGCGGGCAGGUGUGAGGCUGACCGUGGGCACCAGGCCAGAUGGCAGCCCUGAUGAGCGCUGGUGCUUCAGGGUGGAGGAGGUGAACUGGGCUGCAUGGGAGCAGACGCUGCGUACGGUGUGUGAAGAGCCAUCAGGGACAGGUGCACCUGGCACGAAAAAAGACCUCACCCUGGCUUCCCGACCUCAGGAGGCUGGUGCCUUGGAGGAAGACCAUCUGCCUCUCCAGCUCCUCCAGUCCCACUGACUGUCUAGUCACAGCAGGAGUUGAGCAGGACGAAUCAGGGGAUUCCUCCAGCCAUACCUGCUGGCUCUGGGGUCCCUGGGAAUUUUGGUGGCAAAUAAAAAUUUUCUUUUCCACA